CGUAGAGUGACGAGAUUGCUAUGUUUUUUCGCACAUGUGGUAUCAUUGCUUAUUCCUAUAGGAAAAGUUUGUCCAUUUGAAAUUUUCACUUCCUAUUUGCUAAAGAUUUAUGUAUGUUUGUACCUGUUUGCUGGCUUGCAAGAAAACUGAUUUAAUUGUUGUCCAACUAGUUUCAUUUUUGAUUGUGAGUAGAUUUGCCGUUAUAAGUUUACUGUCUGAUACAACUGAAGAAAAUCUGCAAAAAUGUCUAAGAUUGACAAAAUGAGCGUCCUUGGCGUGAGGAGUUUUGGCGUAGAAGAUAAGAAUAAACAAGUUAUCUCUUUUUUUAGUCCUCUAACCAUACUGGUGGGACCCAACGGUGCUGGAAAGACUACAAUUAUUGAAUGUCUGAAGUAUAUUUGCACUGGAGAUUUUCCACCAGGAUCAAAAGGAAAUACUUUUGUCCAUGAUCCAAAGGUUGCCCAUGAAACAGAUGUACGAGCUCAGAUUCGCCUCCAGUUUCAGGAUGUGAAUGGAGAACUUAUUGCUGUCCAGCGCUCUAUGGUGUGUACCCAGAAAGGCAAGAAAACAGAAUUUAAAACUCUGGAGGGUGUCAUCACUCGAAUAGAUAGACUUAAUAUGAUCAAUGAGAACCUAACAAAAGUGAUGAAGCUAGACAAUGACAUUAAAGCCCUGGAGAGCAGAAAAAAGCAAAUGGAAAAAGAUAACCAGGAACUGGAAGAAAAGAUGGAGCAGGUAUUUCAAGGAACAGAUGAACAACUGCAGGAUAUGUAUCAGAACCAUCAGAGAACUGUGAGAGAGAAAGAGAAGAGGUUGAAUGAAUGCCAACGUGAACUAGAAAGAGCAAACAGAGAGUGCCAGAGGUUCAACAGACAGAAGGCAGACUUGCUUGUUGAACAAGGUCGUCUUCAGCUGCAAGCAGAUCGCCACCAGCAAACUAUUCGAAAAAGAGAUUCAUUGAUUCAGACCUUGGCAGCUCAUCUGAUGCUAGAUGGUUAUGAGCAGAGCCCUUUCAGCGACAGACAAAUAAACGGUUUUCAGAAACAGCUGAAGGAACGGCAAGACAGAGAUGCGGAAGAAGCUAAUCAGAUAAUGAGAGAAUACGAAGAAAAAGAAAUAGCAAAGCAACAUCAACUUGAUGAAAUAAGAGACAAAAAGACUGGAUUGUCAAGGACCAUUGACCUCAAGGCAGAUAUUCUUAGCAAAAAGCAGAUGGAGCUGAAACAUGUUAAGUCUGAGCUUCAGCAACUUGAGGGAUCUUCAGACAGAAUUCAGGAACUAGAUCAGGAACUUGCAAAAGCGGAAAGAGAGCUGGACAAUGCUGAAAAAAGAAGCAAUGUGGAUGCCCUGAAGGCAGAAAUAUUAGCUUUGCAGACUGAAAAAGGAGAACUAGAAAAAGUGUUACGCAAACUGGAUCAAGAAAUGGAGUUAUUAAAUCUGCACACAAGUGCAAAAACACAGAUGGAUAUGUUGAGAAAAGACAAGGCUGAUAAAGAGGAACAGAUCAGAAAAAUCAAAUCAAGGCACAAUGAUGAGCUGGUGUCUUUGCUUGGACAUUUUCCUAACAAAAAACAGCUUGAAGACUGGCUUCAUGCUAAAGUGAAAGAAAUUAACCUGGCCAGAGAAAAGCUAGCUAAAGUCAAUAAAGAAUUAGCUUCAGCAGAUCAGAACAAGACACAUAUUACUAAUGAGUUGCGUGAGAAAGAGGAGAGACUGUCACGGUAUGAGGAAAAACUUUUUGAUGUAUGUGGAAGCCAGGAUUUUGUAAGUGAUCUAGACAGACUGCAAGAUGAAAUUGAAAAGUCUGCCAAACAGAGAGCUAUGCUUGCUGGAGCCACAGCAGUGUACAAUCAGUUUAUCAAUCAGUUAACUGAAGAGGUUGAACCAUGUUGUCCAGUUUGCCAGAGAGUCUUUUCUUCUGAAGCUGAACUUCAAGAUGUCAUCAGUGAUAUGCAGUCAAAGUUGCGCCUUGUUCCAGAUAAACUGAAAACAACAGAGACAGAGCUGAAGAAGAAGGAGAGAAGGCGUGAUGAUAUGAUGAGCCUGAAACCUAUACGGGAGACUGUAACUGAGCUAAGGGAGAAAGAUCUGCCAGAACUGAGAAACAAGCUGCAGAAUGUAAACAGAGACAUUCAGCGGCUGAAGAAUGACAUUGAAGAGCUGGAAACGCUGCAUAUCACUCUCAUAUCAGAAGAGGAAAGUGCCAAAGCAUGCCUCCAAGACAUUACGCUUAUGGAAAGAUAUCAGAUGGAACUAAGGGAUGUUGAACGUAAAAUUGCACAACAAGCAACAAAACUACAGGGAGUAGACAUGAGCAGGACCAUGCAACAAGUAAACCAAGAAAAGCAAGAAAACAAGCACCAUGUGGACACUGUUUCUGGUAAAAUCGAUUUCAAACGUAAACUGAUGCAAGACCAACAAGAAGAAAUUCAGUCUUUGAAAAGUAUUGUGAAUGAGCUUCGGUCAGAGAAACUGCAAAUCGCUAGUAACAUGCAACGUCGUCAGCAGCUGGAGGAGCAGAGUGUAGAUUUGGCCACUGAAAUACAGUCAUUGCAGAGAGAGAUAAGGGAAGCAAAGGACCAAUUGUCUCCACUUGGAAACACCUUGGAAAAACUCCAGCAGGAGAAGCAAGAUCUCACAGACAGAAAAAAUGCAAAUUACAGAGAAUUUCAAAAUAAGAUUAAUGACAUCAAGGAAAAAGAAAAGAAUAUUAUAUCCUGCAUAAAAGAAAUUGAAAAGUACAUUGAAGAAGGAAAAGAAGACUACAAGGAGCAAAAAGAAAAUGAGCUACAGGAAAUCACCACUCAGUUAAAUGAAGCGGAAAGGCAAAAAGAGAAAAUUAACAAAGAGAUGGGAAACAUUAGACAGGAUAUUGAUACGCAAAAGAUUAAGGAAAGAUGGCUGCAGGACAACUUAACAUUAAGGAAAAGGGUAGAAGAUCUAAAAAAUGUCGAAAAUGAAGUAAAGAAAUUACUGAAGGAAAUGGGAGAAAUGCAAGUAAUGCAAAUGAGAAAUGAACGUCAACAUCUGGAACAAAAACUUGAUGACCUGAAGAAAAAUCACAGUCUGGCAAUUGGUCGCCAGAAAGGAUUUGAGGAAGAGAUCAUUCGCUUUAAAAAAGAGCUGAGAGAGACUCAGUAUCGAGAUGCAGAGGAAAAAUACAGAGAAAUGAUGAUUAUUAUGAGAACGACUGACCUGGCAAACAAAGAUCUUGAUAUUUAUUAUAAGGCACUUGACCAAGCAAUUAUGAAAUUUCAUAGUAUGAAAAUGGAGGAAAUCAACAAAAUUAUUCGUGAUCUGUGGCGCAGCACGUACAGAGGGCAAGAUAUCGAAUUCAUAGAAAUCCGUUCUGAUGCAGAUGAGAAUGUAUCAGCGGCUGAUAAAAGGAGAAGUUACAAUUACAGAGUUGUAAUGGUGAAGGGGGACACUCAGUUAGAUAUGAGAGGCCGGUGUAGUGCUGGCCAGAAGGUUCUUGCUUCCCUUAUUAUCCGCUUGGCAUUAGCAGAGACAUUCUGUUUGAAUUGUGGUAUUCUAGCACUUGAUGAACCUACCACAAACCUGGAUCGAGAAAACAUUGAGUCAUUAGCACAUGCAUUGGUUGAGAUAAUCAAGAGCCGCUCAAGGCAGAGAAACUUCCAGCUUUUAGUAAUUACCCAUGAUGAAGACUUUGUUGAGUUACUGGGUCGCUCAGAGUAUGUGGAACAUUUCUACAGAAUAAGGAAAAACAUUGAUCAGUGUUCUGAAAUUGUCAAAAGUAGUGUCAGUUCUUUAAGUUCUUAUGUUCAUUGAACUGUAUACAAAAUAACUUGCUGCAGGUGUUAAUAGGAUGCAUUUUUGUAAUAUAAAAUAAGUUUGUAAUUCUGUAUUAAUAAUAAAGUUUAAAAAUAUA